AUGUCUGCUACCAUCUCCAACGUAAACAAAAUUCCUAUGCAUGACUCAUCAACCUGGAUAUAUGUGGGUCAGUACUGGUCAAGUGGGUCAGAACUAAUACACAGGCUACUGGCUGGGGAAAAUGUCGCCGCACUUUCACAAGAACCAAUGGAGGGCACCACUGCAAUUGUUCUGAUCAUGAUCAUCUGCAUUAACUUACAUGAAUCUACUUCACUCUCCAUCUCCAACAUCCUUGCUUUAUCAAAACCUGAUACUUCUCCUCGAUACGUCGUGAGCAAGCACAACUGGUGGCUAACUGGUCCCAUCGCAUUUUUGUCUGUUGCUCGAGUUGGGCUUGCAUUCACCACUACUGCUGAAAUGAUGAUCACGAAGACAUUUCCUGAGUUUGCCACAAAAUUCAGAAUCUUGUUCACAUCUGGAUUAUUUGUGUCUGCCGUGACAGAUGUUGUUGUCUCUGUGGCCCGCUACUACUAUCUUCGUAAUCUCAAGCAAGGUUACCUGCCGACUCAAGAAGUCGUGGACGCCGUUGUGGUGUUCACAAUCAAUGAUGGAUUUCUGACUUGUGCUGUCGUGAUCGCGUCAAUUGCAUGUGAAUGCCGCAUAAUUUCGUUUACUUGGGCAUAUAUUUUACCAUAUCUAAGUGUGAGUCCUUUCAAUGCUUUGCAGUUCGGACAUUGGACUAAUGUUGGACCAAUGUUUGCAGUCUACUCAAACUCUGUGCUCGCAACCCUCAAUCUCCGUAACUGGUAUCGUCAUCAAUAUACCUGGAAUCGCCCACUCGGGCUCUCGAUGAUACGUGCAACAACUAGCGAUGGGAGUAGAGUCCAUGCUCAUGAGCGUGCAAAUACGAUGUUGGCAAGUUCCGGUGGCUCCCCUAACAAGCAUGCACACGCUAGGAGCAUCGAUGAUGGGCGAGUCGAAGUAUAUGUGGAGCAUCAAGUAGAGUACAACGUCGGAGAACUCAUUCCCGAGGAUCUGGAUGCCCUCGAAACCCACUCACAUAAAUCAGGAGAGAUCCCAUCCACCACGGGACUCAGGCUCUGA